AUGAUGGCGGUGAAGGUGUACGGUGAAACAAGGGCAGCAUGUCCUCAAAGAGUGAUGGUGUGCCUCUUGGAGAAAGGGGUGGAGUUUGAAGUUGUGCACGUUGAUCUUCAUCAAGGACAACAAAAGACACCUCAAUUCCUUCUCCUACAGCCUUUUGGUCAAGUUCCGGUUGUGGAGGAUGGCGAUUUCAGGCUCUUUGAAUCAAGAGCUAUUAUAAGGUACUAUGCAACAAAAUAUGCAGAUCGUGGUGCUGACCUAUUGGGAAAAACCUUAGAGGAAAGGGCUUUAGUGGAGCAGUGGCUUGAAGUAGAAGCACACAAUUUCAAUGAUUUGUGCUUCACUUUGAUGCUUCAGCUUGUGAUCCUACCAAGGAUGGGUAAGGUUGGGGACUUGGCCUUGGCACAAAAAUGUGAGAAGGAUCUUGGGAAGGUGCUUGAUGUGUAUGAAAGUAGGCUCUCUCAAACCAAAUAUCUUGCUGGGGAUUUUUUCUCUUUGGCUGAUCUCAGCCACCUUCCAGGGCUUGGACAUCUCAUUGAGGAGGCCAAAGUCGGCCACUUAAUCACUCAGAGAAAAAAUGUCAAUGCUUGGUGGGACAAUAUUUCCAGUAGGCCAGCUUGGAAGAAGUUGAAGGAUAUGGUUCACUAA